UGGACUUAGGUUGGGGGCGGGGAGGGCAAUAACAAGAGUAACAACACGAGCAAGUAUUUAAGUCCAUGCUAAAUAUUAAUACCUUCCACAUUUUAAACUGUGUGCUGGUGAGGAUUCCCACAACUGACACCCGCCUGGCACAGCUGAUUUCAUUGCGGGGGGACAACUCAGGCAGUCACUUGAGUGGUCUGGACUGUGCCAUGUGGCCAGUCUCACAGCAAAACAGAAUCAACAGCCUCAGAAAUGCUCAGCCUGAAUGACUUGAAUGGCCAAGAGAAAAUGAUAGAAAAUGUAACUGACAAUCAAAAAUUCACAGAGGACGUAGAUGUGAAAAGUGUCAGUGUGGAUAACAACGUGGAGGUUUUGUCAUCUCCCACUGACUGUCCCGGGAGUUUGAACGGUGCCUGCCUGGAUGCGGGGGGCGGUGGGGAAGUGGACAUUUCUAGGGGUUUCCGGAACCUGCACUUGGAUGCUGCUCUUCACCCUGACGACAUACGUCUGGAGAUUCUGAAUGGCAGCCCCGCUCCCGGGACCACGCUGUACGAGUGUGUGGGCCAACAUCCAGAAACUUCUGUACCCUUGCGAACAGGGACGCGUCCAGUGCUGACGAGUGCUCCAUCCAGCACUGCUUAUACCAGUUCACCCAGAAUGAGAAGCUUCAAGAUGCCAACAAGCUGCUGUGUGAAGUGUGCACCCGGAGACAGUGUGGUGCACCAAAGGCAAACCUAAAAGGUGAAAAGAAACAUGUUUACACCAAUGCCAAAAAGCAGAUGUUGAUUGCUCUCGCUCUUCCUGUUCUCACCCUUCAUUUGAAGCGAUUUCAGCUGGCUGGUUUUAACCUACGCAAAGUUAACAAACACAUAAAAUUUCCGGAGAUCUUAGAUUUGGCUCCUUUUUGUACUGCUAAAUGUAAGAAUGUGGCUGAAGAAAGCACCAGGGUGCUAUACUCCCUGUACGGAGUUGUGGAGCACAGCGGUACCAUGAGGUCCGGGCACUACACUGCCUACACCAAGGCGAGAAUGGCAAACAGUCAUCUGUCUGACCUUGUUCUCCGUGGGGAUGUCCCCUAAGAUUUUGAAAUGAAAUCAACCAAAGGGCAGUGGUUUCACAUCAGCGACAGCCACGUGCAAGCUGUGCCUACAGCUAAAGUCCUGAUCUCACAAGCGUACCUCCUGUUUUAUGAGAGAAUACUCUAAGUUUUUAUAACAGCUGUGAUAAUAAUAAACAAGUGAAGACUAACUAAA